AUGGAGUUGCAAGGAACAGCAAGUCUAUGUACCCAUUUCAAAAAUUCUUCGUACAUCUUUACAAAAUGGGGAAGAUUUUAUUGGGAUAACCAUCACUUCUGCUCCUGUCAUGGAGGAGGCCUUGUUUCCAUCGAAACCGAUGAAGAAUGGAAAUUUAUCAAGGGUGAGAUUCAAAAACGUAAUAGUUGGAAUACCAGUGCGUGGCGUAUUGGUUUAAGCAAGCAGUUGGGGGCUUGGAGAUGGGAGAGUGGAGAACCACUGAAUAUUUUGAAAUGGCGAGAUUCUGAGCCAAAUGGUAACGACGACUCAGCGGAAAUAUCCAAGAAUGGAGGCCUUUUUAACGGUAUCUCUUACCGUGAUGAAGUUGCGUUCAUCUGUGAAUUUCCUGAGG